AUAAGGAUGGUAAAACAGCAUUAGAUUUGGCUGCAGAGAAAAAGUACGUGGAGGCUGUCAAAUAUUUACUAAAAGCAGAGGCUAGUGCUGACAAAGAUUUUAAUGAAAAAGAUUUUAAUCAUAUUUAUUUUGCUGCGAGAAAAAAUUAUGUAAAUGUUGUUAAAUUACUAUUAGAAAAAGAAACUGAUAUUAAUUUAAGACUACUUCAUACUGCAGGAAAAGAGGACAUUCAAAUUAUUAAAUUGUUGUUAGAAAAUGGAGAAAAAAAUUUCGACAUCAUUGAUGGAAAUGUCUUGAAUAAUAUGGAUGAUAAAAAAAUAUAUAACAUAACUCAUGAAGAUGUCUGUAGUAAUGCCCUCAAUUGCAUUGAGUUACUAAAUCCUGAUAUUAUCAUAAGUAGUAAUGAAAAGGUUUGGAAUGGCACAGAAUGUACAACUAUCUCUGAUUUUGUGUCAGUGCGUGCAACAAUCUUUCAAGGAAUGUCAUCCAUAGCUAGGGCAAAAGAAAAUGUACAAGCUAUAUUGAGUGUUCUACCACAUGCAAUUGAUUUGGUUAGAGGUGAAACUGGUGAAAAUGUUCAUGCGCAAUUACGUGUUGGGAGUCAUGAAUGUCGUCAACGUAAAUCACCAUAUCCAAUGAUUAAUGUAGCUGAAGCAUUGAAUAUAGUCGCAGAACAUAGUAAUAUAUUGCCACCUGUUAAUGUCCCAGUUGACAAAAAUUUAAUAGGGAUGGUUUUAGCCGAAGAUGUAGUCGCACGUCAACCGGUACCAGGAUAUCGUGCUUCCAUACUCGACGGAUAUGCGGUUGUCGCGAGCGAUGGUCCUGGAGUUUAUCCUGUAAUUGGAGUGUCUAUUGCAAACACUUCUCAUUUAUCAACUGAUAAAUUACAACCUGGUCAAAUUGCUCGGAUCACAACAGGAGCACCUGUGCCUUCUGGUGCCACAGCAGUAGUAAUGGUUGAAGAUACGACUCUAAUACGCGCAUCUGCGGAUGGUCUUCAAGAGGAAUCAGUAGAAAUUCAUGUUCGAGUUAAUGAUGGUGAUAACAUUAGAGAAAUUGGUUCCGAUACUAGCUUCGGGGCUAUUGUUGCACGAAAAGGUGAACUUUUAUCGGCCGUAGGUGGGGAAAUCGGAGUUUUGGCGUCAGUGGGUGUAAAAGAA